AUGCCGAGCCGUCCACCCUGGGGGCUGCCACUGCUGCUCUCGCUGUGGGAGCCGCUGCUCCGGAGGGCGGAGGCAGGCUCUGAGGGGCAGACGGCGGGAGAGCUGUACCAGCGUUGGGAACGGUACCGCAGGGAGUGCCAGGCGACACUGGAGGCUGCGGCGCCCCCAGCAGGCCUCGCCUGUAACGGGUCCUUUGAUAUGUACGUCUGCUGGGACCACACUGCACCCAAUGCCACUGCCCGUGCGUCCUGCCCCUGGUACCUGCCCUGGAACCGCCACGUGGCUGCAGGCUUUGUCCUCCGCCAUUGUGGCAAUGAUGGCCAAUGGGGACCUUGGAGAGACCAUUCUCAGUGUGAGAACCCAGAGAAGAAUGGGGUUUUUCAGGACCAAAGGCUGAGCUUGGAGCGGCUGCAGGUUGUGUACACCGUGGGCUACUCCCUGUCCCUUGCCACACUGCUGCUCGCCUUGCUCAUCUUGAGUUUCUUCAGGCGGCUGCGCUGCACUCGCAACUACAUCCACAUCAACCUGUUCACGUCUUUCAUGCUGCGGGCAGCAGCCAUCCUCACCCGAGACCGUCUGCUUCCUCCACCUGGCCCCUACCCGGGGGAUCAGGCUCCGAUCCAGUGGAACCGGGCCCUAGCUGCCUGUCGCACGGCCCAGAUCUUGACCCAGUACUGCGUGGGUGCCAACUACACGUGGCUGCUGGUGGAGGGCAUCUACCUGCACAGCCUCCUGGUGCUUGUGGGAGGCUCCGAGGAGGGCCACUUCCGCUGCUACAUGCUCCUCGGCUGGGGGGUCCCCGCGCUUUUCGUCAUUCCUUGGGUGAUCGUCAGGUACCUGUACGAGAACACGCAGUGCUGGGAGCGGAACGAUAUCAAGGGCAUUUGGUGGAUUAUAAGGACCCCUAUCCUGCUAACCAUCUUGAUUAAUUUUCUCAUCUUUAUCCGCAUCCUUGGCAUCCUCGCGUCAAAGCUGAGGACGCAACAGAUGCGCUGCCCGGACUACCGACUGAGGCUGGCUCGCUCCACGCUGACGCUGGUGCCCCUGCUGGGCGUCCACGAGGUGGUGUUUGCUCCCGUGACUGAGGAACAGGCCCGGGGUGCCCUGCGCUUGGCCAAGCUCAGCUUUGAGAUCUUCCUCAGUUCUUUCCAGGGCUUUCUGGUCAGCGUCCUCUACUGCUUCAUCAACAAGGAGGUGCAGUCGGAGAUCCGGCGGGGCUGGCACCGCUGCCGCCUGCGCCACAGACUCGGCGAAGAGCCGUGCCCACCCCCCGAGCGCGCCUUCCGGACCCUGCCCUCGGGUUCCGGCCCCGGCCAGGUCGCCGCCGGCCGCGCUCUGUGCUCGAGGCCACUCCCAGGUCCUGGGGGUGAGGCCAGCCAUGUCUUAGAAAGUUACUGCUAG